AUGCAGACACAGACGAAGAAUUUUCGAGCACAAGUCCAUCUGCUCGAUGUGCGUUUGACCUUUACGCUUCUGGCCUUUGCGCCUCUGUUCACUGCACCUCUGGCCUCUGCUCAUGUGGCCUCUCUAUAUGCGGCCUUCGAGCAUCUGGUCUUUGUGCUUGUGGUCUUUGGGAAGGUGACUGUGUAUAGUCUUGGGCCCUCCAUUGAGGACUCGAGCCGCUCGUCCAUCUACGGCAGGCGGUGCCUCCUGAAGGGCAUCAGACACAGGACGGAGUCAAGGGUAGGCAGUCAGGUCCAGCUGCCCUCCACAUGGACCUUUACAUGGUCUGGGACCAGCCUGCCGACCAUUGGUAAGGUGGCGAGCCACCUCCACAAGACACACAUGUUACCGCAAGUGUGGGUCUCCACGCGGGUCGUGACCUGGUCACCCUUGGACUCUCCCGGAACCUGGUUCAAGCACGACCUGGACUUUCCUGGGACCUGGCUCAUGCAGGAACUGGAUUUCCAUGGGGCCUUUCUCCUGCGGGACCUAUACUUCCCCGGAGCCUGGUUCAAGCAGGAGCCGGACUUCCCCGGGGCCUGGCUCAUGAAGGAUCUGGACUUCUCCGGUGCCUGGCUCAUGCAGGAGCCGGACUUCCCCAGAACCUGGUUCAAGCAGGACAUGGCCUUCCCCAGAGCCUGGAUCAAACAGGACAUGGCCUUCCCCAGAGCCUGGAUCAAACAGGACAUGGCCUUCCCCAGAGCCUGGAUCAAACAGGACAUGGCCUUCCCCAGAGCCUGGAUCAAACAGGAUAUGGCCUUCCCCAGAGCCUGGAUCAAGCAGGACAUGGCCUUCCCCAAAGUCAGGUUCAAGCAGGACCUGGACAUUACCAGAGCCUGGUUCAAGCAGGACCUGGACAUUACCAGAGCCUGGUUCAAGCAGGACCUGGACAUCACCAGAGCCUGGUUCAAGCAGGAACUGGGCUUCCCUGGGGCCUGGCUCAUGCAGGAACAGGACCUCCCUGGGGCCUGGCUUAGCCAGGACCAAACUCUCGUCGUGAUCUGGUCCAAGAAGGACCUGAGCCGGGGACUCCAAGCGAGGAGAAGCCCGACACCGAAGAUGCGAGCAUACAACAUACGAACCCAAGAAAGAAACAACGGAGGAAACCCGAACCUCUCCAUAGCCUGCAGCACAAAGCCCAUCGACACAUGGUCGAAUGCUUUUGACCAAUCUAAGCUGUGCAUCGCCGCAGGGAGCCCAUCCGAGCCAGGCACUCUGCUGGAACGGAAAGACCGCACCACAUCCCAGAGCUUAGCCGACGACACGUCCCUCACCAAAGUGGAACAACCCGCAGCCGACAAACCAGACAAAACAGAACCGUCCGGACGCUGGAGACCGGUGAAAAGAACCGAGUCCCGAAGGGCUUUCUCCUUCCGCAAAAGAAAAGGAGAAAGCCGUUCACCAGACACACGCUCGUCAACACGAGCCCGCACCCGAACCCCUUCUGCCAACUCCUCCCGCGAACCACAAAUGCGCUCCUUACACACAGAAAUAGCAUCAAAACAAUCAGCCCCACCAUUUAGCAACACAUACAACCGAGUCAACCGAACCCCUUCUGCCAACUCCUCCCGCGAACCACAAAUGCGCUCCUUACACACAGAAAUAGCAUCAAAACAAUCAGCCUCACCAUUUAGCAACACAUACAACCGAGUCAACCGCGCCUGA